AUGCCCGGGGAGGGGGGGUCCAACCGGUCGGUCCGCCGCACCACCGAGAGCCGCAGGGAGACGGGGCCGCGCCCGCACUCCGGUUCCGCUCGCCGUCACUCGAACUUACCGCACUCCCUCCGCUACUGCCGCUUGUUACGGGCAGUGGGGGGGCGGGCGCGGCAGUACAGCCGCUUUUUCAAAGACGAGAAACGGGAAACGGGGUACCGAGCGCGUAUCGCUCGCCGCGCGCGACGACACAAGUGCGGGGGCGGUGCGGGGUGCCUGGACCGCUGUGCAGCCGCCACAGCCGGCAGCGCAGGAGUGGACCUGGCAACAGCAAUAGUUACCACCUUAAUAACAUCAGAGAAGCUUUGUCUGGGCCUGGGGCAGGCCAGAGCCAUCAUAAAAGCCAGCCCAACUCCUCGCUCUCUCAUCCACUUCUCUCUCCUCCUUCUCCUUGGGAACCAGGUGCACCUGCAGGCCAGAGACUUGUCCUGCUACAACCAGUGCCAGCCCUGCCAGCCCUGCGGCCCAACCCCACUAGCCACCAGCUGCAACGAGCCCUGUGUCAGGCAGUGCCAGAACUCCACCGUUGUCAUCCAGCCCUCUCCUGUUGUGGUGGCCCUGCCUGGUCCCAUCCUCAGCUCCUUCCCGCAGAACACCCUGGUGGGCUCCUCCACCUCUGCUGCAGUUGGCAGCAUCCUCAGCUGUGAUGGAGUGCCCAUCACCUCUGGGUGCUGUGACCUCUCUGGCAUUUCCAACUGCUACUAUGGCAGAAGGUGCUAA